AUGCCAGCUGAAUGCGUGAAGGUUAUAGUUAGAGUCAGACCCUUCAAUUAGAAGGAGAGAGACAAUGGUAGCAAGCCAUGUGUCAAUGUUUAUGAAAGUACAAAUUCUGUAGAACUCUUUAGAAGUUAGGACAAUGACAAGAAACAGUUUACAUAUGAUUACGUAUUUGGACCAGAGACUCCUCAAAUUUAGAUAUAUUAAUAGACUGCAUUUAAUUUGGUAGAGUCAGUUGCUGAAGGGUACAACGGUACCAUCUUUGCCUAUGGUCAAACGGGUUGUGGAAAGACGUUCACGAUGAUUGGAGAUCCAUUAAAUGAUAACAUGAAAGGCAUUAUACCAAGAACAUUUGAAUAGAUAAUCAGCAUCAUCAACAACAAUUCAGAUUCCAAUAAGAAGUUCUUGUUGAGGUGUUCAUACAUUGAAAUUUACAAUGAAGAAAUACAUGAUUUAUUGAGUAAGGAUGUUAAAUAGAGAUACGAAUUAAAGGAAGGACAAUAAGGACUCUAUGUUAAGGAUUUGAAUAUUCCCAUUGUGAAAACAUUAUAAGAUAUGGAUAAAUAUAUGGCCUUGGGAGCAUAGAAUAGAUCAGUAGGGGCAACAGCCAUGAAUAAGGAAUCAAGUAGGAGUCAUUGUAUUUUUACAGUGUACAUGGAAUGUUCAAUGACUGAUGACAAGGGAAAUGAACGCAUUAUUGCUGGAAAACUGAACUUAGUAGAUCUAGCAGGAAGUGAGAGACAAUCUAAGACCUAGGCUACAGGAGACAGAUUGAAAGAAGCAACCAAAAUUAAUUUGUCAUUGUCUGCCCUAGGGAAUGUGAUUUCAGCCUUGGUUGAUGGUAAAACUCAACACAUUCCAUACAGAGAUUCUAAAUUAACUAGAUUAUUGUAGGAUUCACUUGGUGGUAAUACCAAGACCAUUAUGAUCACUGCCAUAUCUCCUUCUGAUUUCAAUUAUGAUGAGACAUUGUCAAGUCUAAGAUAUGCUUCCAGAGCCAAGAUGAUUAAGAAUCAACCAAAAGUAAAUGAAGAUCCCAAAGAUGCUAUGUUAAAGGAAUAGGCUGAAGAAAUUAAGAAACUUAGAGAAUUAUUGCUCAGAUAAAACUAGGACAAUGGAGAUCGACAGAAUGUUGAUAAGGAUGGGAAAUUAAACAAUGUUGAUAAUAGUCAUCAUGAACAAAUAAAUCAAUUCAAAGAGAUUAAUAAUUAAUUACUAUAGGAGAAACAGAGAUAUGAGAAUGAAAUGAAGUAAAAAAGCGAAUAAGCAGAACAAGAGAGAUUGGCAAGGUAGAGAUUGGAAGAGUUGUUGAAGGAGAAGGAGUAGAUGAUGAUUAAGGGCGGGAAAGGAACAGAUGAUGACAAGAAAAAGUACAAGAAGAUGCAAUAGGCUAUAGAACAAUAGAAGAAGGAACAUGAAUAAUUGAAAAUUCAAUAGGAAUUAAAGGAAAAGGAAAUGCUUGAGAUUGAAAAUAAAUACAAUAGUGUUUAGGAUGAAGUUGAUAAAUUAAGAAAACUCGUCAAAUAUUUAAAGAAUAAAUAUGAAUAGCAAUAAUAAGAAUAAAAUGAAAUGAAAUAAGAUUUUGAAUAUGAUAAGGAAGAGUUUUUGGAUACCAUUAGAUCGUAAUCUAAGGAAAUCAAAUUGUAUUCUGGAAUUUUGAAGAUGAUUCUAUAACAAGAGGAAAUAGACAAAAUUACUCAUAGUUGCGAAUGGGAUGACGAAUCGGAAGAUUACAAAAUACCUCCAUUUAACAUCAAAGCAAAGAAAGUUAACUUCCCAAAUCUGCCUUAUUAAAAAGCUAUGGACCUAAUAGAUGUAGAAAAAUAAGAAAGACAUGUUGAAAUCCAUCAGAGAGCAUUACCAUCUAGCUAUAGAGAUGUAGAAAACACUAGAAUUGCAUCACCUGGAAGACAGAGGAAAGGUGAAUCAUAACCAAGAAUGAAUGGAAACUCUGAUAACAAGGGGAUGAGCAUUGUCGAAAAAACGAAAUUAAAUUAAUAGCUUUUAGAACUUUAUGAAGGAAAAAACACUAGAAAUCAAAGGGAUGAUUUACAAUAAUAAUAGUAAUAGAGGAGAACCCACCAAAAGGUUAUUUUGAAUCCUAUUGAUAAUCGAGGGAGUACUGUUCCAAACUUUAACAACUAAUGCGAGGCAAUCAAUAUCAAUAAUAAUUCAAAUAAUAAUUAAAAUGCGUCUCAAGUUACUCCACCCUUAAUUAAGAAAAUUUCUAAUUUAAACCCUUUAGAAUAAAAACCACCCUCAGGAAGAUAGGUUUAACAGCAAAAACUGUGA